GAGCAGGCGAAGAUGGCGUCCGGCAAGAAACCGGGGGGGAAUGGCAAGUUGGAGAGGGGUAUAAAUGGACGACGGUCCUCCAAAUUGAAAGAAGGUCCCGUGGUCUCAGCCGCUGAGCCUGACAGGACCCACUUGAGCAGAGAGGAGACAGAUAUGGAGAGCGCUUCGAACUCAGAUGCUGUGAUGGACACCAAGGCAGUGUUUGCAGCCCUGUACAGCAUCUGUGAAGAAAAUGUCAUUUUCUUCUCUGGAGGAAGCAAGGGAUCCCAGACUGAUGCUGCGAGGCGACUGGUGGAGUCUCUGACACUGAUCCAGGAGCACGCUCAAAGUCUGGAACCCGUUAUCGCCGGGUUUGCAGCUGUUUAUCAUCAUUUUGACUUUGACCCCCAUAUUCCUGCUAAUGGCUAUCGCUCACUGGUCAAGGUUCUGCGCUGCUGCCUUCUCCACAUCAUCCAUAAGGGACGCUACAUCACGGCAAACCGUCGCAGCAUCUUCUUCAGAGUAGCACACAACGCAGCUGAAAUGGAGGCGUACUGCAAUGCCCUCUGCCAGCUGCGUGCCCUGCUCUAUUUGGCUCAGCGCAUGCUACACGACAACAGCCAUGGGAACUUGUUCUUCCAAGAUGAAAGUGGUCUCAGUGAGAGUUUUGUCCGUGAAUAUUCAUCUAUGCAUAAAGGAUGCUUUUAUGGCCGUUGCCUGGGCUUUCAGUUCACUCCAGCCAUUCGACCCUGUCUUCAGACUAUUGCUAUUGGUCUGGUGGCCUUUGGAGAAAACUACAAGCGCCAUCAGUCAGGAAUAGUGGAUACAGGUGGUAUUGCACCGUAUGGUGUGGCAGCCAGCUCUUUCUUUACCUCAGGAAAGUACGCCAUUGAUCCAGAGUUAAGGGGGGCAGAAUAUGAGCGCAUUACUCAGAACCUAGAUGUUCAUUUCUGGAAGACGUACUGGAACAUCACUGAGACGGAGUUCCUGUCGAGCCUUGCCAGUAUGACAUCUACUCAAGUUAAGGUGAACCGAGCUCUUUCUGUGCCCCCCAUUGCCUUUGACCUUCCCCUGGCAGCCAACCACAGAGCAUCUGCAACCAUCGCUCCACCGUCGGCACACAUUGGCACCGCUCCUGUUCAGAUGAGGCUCAUCUCAUAUGACUUGCGUGAAGGACAGGACAGUGAAACUUUGCUAUCACUCUCCCGUUCUGAGGGGGGUGCCAUCUCCCUUUCUCUGGGGCUCAAGACAAAGCGUCUCCCUUCGUCUCCCUGCCUCCUGGUCCACUAUCACGGAGGAGGAUUUGUGGCCCAGACCUCCAAGUCCCAUGAGCCCUAUCUGAAGAGCUGGUCCCAGGAACUUGGUGUUCCCAUCUUGUCAGUGGACUACUCUCUUGCCCCUGAAGCCCCGUUUCCCCGGGCACUAGAAGAGUGUUUCUAUGCCUACUGCUGGGCUCUGAGAAACCAUCACCUACUAGGAUGGACUGGAGAGAAGGUCUGUCUGGCUGGUGAUAGUGCAGGAGGCAACUUAUGUCUGACGACAUCUAUGCGUGCUGCUGCCUUUGGUGUGCGAAUGCCAGAUGGCAUUGUGGCAGCCUACCCAGCUACUUUGCUGACGGCCUACGCAUCACCCUCCCGUCUGCUUACACUUAUGGAUCCCCUGCUGCCGCUCAGUGUGCUUUCCAGGUGUCUCAGUGCCUAUGCAGGCAACGAGCCGGAGGCUGACCAGCAGGUAGAAAGAGUGAGCACACUGAGCCAAGUGAGGAGAGAUACAGCGCUGAUGCUCCGAGAUUUCCGACAGGGAGCCACCAACUGGAUCCAUUCUCUGCUGGAUCCCAACAGAACCUCAGCCUCCCCCGGCACAGCUGCAGAGGCCCCACCAGGAAGUACAGACACACCUGUAACUGAUACAGUGAGGAAAAGUGUUUCAGAGGCAUCCAUAUCUUCUCCUCAUGCUGACCCUCCUGUGGUCACUGAGCCAUCAGAGUUUCCCAGCAGGAAAUUAUCUGUGAAGAGCAAGACUUGCCAGGACUUGGGAUCUCACAACAGCUCCAUUUCCCAAAAUGCACCACUGAUCUCGGAGCGCACCCUCGAAGAUGUAAGUUUCUUCCUCUCUAAAGAUGGAGAUUCCUCCAUCUCCCGUGACUUUUCUUCCAUCGCUAUACCACCCAUUGCCAGGGAGGAGGGAUCGACUCAGGAGCACCCCAGGGAGUUUCCUUUGGGGUUUGAGCCGUUACGCUCAGAGCAACUGGCUGAAAUGAGAGUUGAGAGUUCUCCAGUGGUCAAGGAUCCUUUCUGCUCACCUCUGCUGGCUCCUGAUAGCAUGCUGAAAGGGCUGCCUCCUGUACACUUAGUGGCUUGUGCGUUAGAUCCCAUGCUGGAUGACUCUGUGAUGUUUGCCAAGCGUUUGAGGAACGUGGACCAGCCUGUCACUUUGUGCGUGGUAGACGACCUCCCCCAUGGCUUCCUCAGCCUAUCUCAGCUCUCCAAAGAGACGAGAGAGGCUGCCAACGUCUGCGCGGAGAGAAUUCGUGCCGUCUUCAACCAGGACACACCUCCAGAACCACGCAAACACCGCAAGCUGGAACGGUCCGAUAGGGGCACGUCGGCGGCUCCUGGGGAAACUGGUUCUCUCUUUGUUGGCCCCGUUGAGGAGGAACAGCCCGUUGUCGGGAGAGGGACUAAAAUUGCUGAAGGGGAGGGCUCAGUUGCUGUGGCAGCCCCGAAUAACACUGACGCUGGUGGCAUUGGUGCUUAAAUAAGGUUGGAUAAAAGAGGUGAUUGCAUUUCACCCAAGGAGUGGAAGGAAAGAGUAAAUGAAAGUGAGACUGAAGCAGGCAGUGCAAUGUCUAAAUGGGAGAUGAAAAAGGCAUCCUGGGAAAAAAAAGGGGGGGAGGGAAGGAGCAGACAAGGAGAUUGCUCAGCGUUUGAAGAGGGGGAAAAAAAAAAGGUGGCGGAGAACAGAGGUGCAUCAUCUUAUGCUUUACAGUUCCUACCACUUGUCAUGCCUCAUCAUGCACAAAAGCAAAUCUGGCUGACAAAAUGAACACACCCACAAAAGACAGACAUCUUAGAAUGAAAAGGUGUAAAAUCUUCUUUGAUCAAAGACCAGCAUACACCCACAUGCAGCACAUUUUUAACAGAGAUGGUGUUAAGUGGCGGAGGCUCGGACAAAGCUGUGCAGAGUAUUCCUAAAAUAAGGCCUAAAUGGGUGAUUGAUCUGGGCUGAGGCCGACCCUAAUCAGAUAGUGGGAAACACACAAUGUCGUUUUAUGAGGAGUUAUCCACAUCAAAAUGUUCACUUGUCUUGUGGUGCUCCUCUAAAUCAUACUCCACACUGUUCUCCAUUAUGCCAGUUUGGCAGUCACUACAGGUCACUGUGGAUAGUAGCACUGUGGACUCUCCCAAAAUACAAUUAAAGCUAAAACACAACGCUUUCAAAGACUUCAAACUGGAGGAUUUCUCUACGCCCUAAGAUUCUACUGCAGUUUAAUAUUAACUCUAUGCAAGAAUAUAAGUUUUGCUAUAUGUAUGACUUUGUAUUGCUAUUACAAUCCCUGAGUCCUGGUAGACUCACUUGAUUUGUACAAUAUAUUACUUGAUGCAAUCUUCCGCUUUUUUUUUCUUUAAUACCAUGAUUUUAAAUGUGCUCCUCAUUUAUUUCUGCUUCUUCAGCCUCAGCUGCUUUGGCAUCCCCGGCCUUUCAAAUUAAGCUCAUAUCCCAUUCUCUGCAAACUAGAGUGAUGAAAAAGAGAAACUGUAGCAUAUAACAGACGCUGUGUCCUAUCUCACUAUUGCCUUGUGCUUUUUGUACUGCAGAUAUCGGCAUACAAAGACCGCAUUAUAUUGCUUGUUAAAGUGAAAACUAUGAUUCAUUCAUUUGAAAAUGAAUGCAAGGAAAUUGUGGUCCCAUCUCCACAAAUCAUGGCUAUUGAAUGUGUUCAGUUGGCAAAAUGUUUGUAAUAUUUGAAGACUGGAAACAAUCACUGUGUCCUCGUUAAAAUGGAGCUAGAUGAGCAUAACAGUGAAAGUCCCUCUUCUUGGCUAUCAACGUGAAUCAUAAACUCGACUGCAAUGAUUUCCUUCGAGGCUGUCGCACCUUUUCUCCAGGUGUUGUCCACAUCUGUACCGUAUGUAUUAUGCAUUGCAUCUAGAUGCCACUGCUCUCCAGACUUAUGUCUGACCUGAGAUUUUUUUUUUAUUAUUAUUUCUCCACAUGUCAGAGGCCUUAAACAAACCCCCUGCUGUCUAAAGCGUUUGCAAAAGCUCUACAUAAAAAAGACCAACACGCAUUUGUCAAACUGCAGGUAGCCAUGAAAGAUAUGUUUGCUCCCCGCUGCCACAUUUGGAGUUGACUUUUUUUUUUCCUGAUAAGUUGAGGACACUCCUGAGUGUAUUGCCAUCAAAGCACUUUAAGUACACAAAAAUGUCCUUCUGAGGGUUAGUCCAUAUAUCGGGUCCAACUAAAUAUAGUUGCCAACAAUACAUGCUCUCUUCGUCCCUUGCCUGAUAACGGGGACGGGGUUGCCAGGUCUGCAAAGAGGGAUGCUGUUUGAUGAAAAGGAUUUAGCUGACACUUAAGUGCGAAAGCCUUCCCCUGUAGAAGAGCAGGAUUUUCAGCAGCAGUCAUGCUGCAGGAUUAGGCCAUAUUCAGUUCUGUCAGCUCCAAGUACUUAUUGCAAUAUUUUUAGUCGGAUUGAUGGAAAGAACGAGGCCUGCAAAGAGAAAAUAAGUUAUACAUUCACUCUUGAGAUUUUGGACUGAAGUUCAAACUUGCUUUAAUAGCCGCUGUUUAUGCACACUGUGCACUUUUGUUGCAGUUGGUUUGUCGACCGGUGCAAGUUUAUUUUAAGCUCAAGUUUGCAUACAUAUCAUUGUUCUUUGUCCCCUUUUCUUGGUGUUUGUGGCUCAAGUGGAGUAUACACGUGCACAUUCAGAGAUUGUAGUCAUUUGUGUGUGAAAGGUAACACGAACUCCCAAGUGCAAAGACGCUGGGGUUUUUCUUUCUUUUUUUUUUUAGGCACCCCCCCCCCCCCAGUUGUGUUCAUAUAAAGACAAAAUGGCACUUUACACUUGAGACUGUACCAUUACUUUUAAUGGAAAAUGUGUUUAGUCAAACCUUAUUAAGUCUUAUUAAGUAACAGUGAUUGUGAUAUACUGUUUAUAGACUGAUAUACUGAGAAAUCACUAAAAAUGAUCAACAGCACAGCUGAUUGUUCAUUUACACUGUGUGUGGGUCAGACAAUUGCACCGGCUCACCUGUCAUGCUUCUAGAGAACUUGUGAAGGCCUGGGGAGCACAUCUGAUGUUUUUUAUAAGAUGAUUUUGUAUGACGUUUCAGUGUUACCUUCCCAACAGGGUUGCUUAUAUACUGUGUGAUACUUUGAAAUAAGUCAACAUAAUUUGUUUUUCUUCCCUGUACUGUGUUGAACAAGAUUUCCCAUGCAAACCGUUGCAUUAAUUUACUCUUGUUGAUGUUGAGCUUUUAAAUUUGUGUAAUUGUAGUUCUCAGUCUUUCACUCAGUUUCUCUUUUCCUAAUUAUAGUUUUAAUGAAGUUCAGUACUGCUACAAACAUGAACCAGCAAGUUUUUACAGUAAUCUUGAGUGGAAAAUAUAAAAAAAAACCUUAGACAAUGCCAAGUUAUCUGUAUUUUUAUAUUAGCUUACAAAAGGGUAGUAGUCAAAGUAAGAAAAUCAAACAGUGAUAUGGAGUGUGCCAAUAGCUGCAAAAUUAAUCGCACAGCUACAUCGUGCCAGUUUUCAUCCCACACUGCUGUUUUAUAGUGCAAAUUGUAAAGACUCCAGCAGAGUUGAUGCAGAACAGGUUGACUCCUGAGAAUGAGAACACCUCGGAGUGAGGGAGAAACCCAAGUAAUGCUAUGUGCUUUGAGGGAUGCAGAAAUAAUUAGGGCUCAUGAUGGGUGCAAACAUUGCAGUUGCGUAGGAGGAUGUAAUGUGGGCAUGAGUCAUUAACUGGUGUAAGCUCUGUAAUGUGUAAAAAGGAAAAUGAAUGAAAUAUUCUAUAUGCACCUCAAGUAAACACCAUAAUUGGAACAUCAUAUUGAGACCAAGAUCAUUAGUCUGAAUAUUGCUGUGCAUGUAAACAUAGCCCCAGUCUGUCUUCCUAAUCUGAAAUGUAGUGAUGCUGUUUGUCGUGUUUUAGUCACCUCAAGCUGCGACUUUGCAGAUAACAUGCCAAUACAGCAAUAUUCAAAGUAAAUGCAAGUCUUGCAGCUUGCCUGUGGAAAUGCAAGUGUAACCUCUAGUACGCCUCAAAUGUUCCUUUACAACGGUAUAAAGAGUUGGAUGUCGGUUAUGAAGUUUGAAGCAGAACCAAAGACUGCAGUCUUGUAACAGAUGCACUGCCCUUGUUCAAUGUCUUCUGUCAACUGUUACCUUUUGAAAAUGCAGCUGCUAGUUAGUGGCACAUCUCUGAAUACUUAUGCAAAUGUUUAGUCUUUUCAAAAGCCAUUGAGUUGAGGGGGUGUAUUUAAUGCAGAUUUUUUUUUUUCCCUACUUUUGAAAUGUUUAUUUGACUGAAAAUGCCACAAGUGCAAAUCUGCAUUAAAAAGAAGAAUCUGUAUCAAACAUAUUAAUGUGAUAUUUUAACUUUCGUAUUAGCUGAUGCAUUUAACUGCAUAUUUCUUGACUUUUCUGUGCAGGUUCUAUGAUUGAAUCAUGUAUCAUGCACCGUUAUGUUUUUUAUUUAAAUAAAUCUAUUCUCAUGAA